CAUUUGAUUGCAAUCAUUCAUAACAAUCAAAAUAUAUCAAUUUGUGUGUAUAUAUAAUGAUCCUUACGAAAAUCCGAUUACAGGUUUUACAUUAAUUACCCUUCGAAGUUCCGUAGAAAAAAAGCUCUUCGAAGUUCAUUUGAUUGCAACCGAAGGUUUCUCCAGAUGAAGGGCGGCCAUGGCGCUCUGGAGGUGGCCAAGACGGUCAUGGAGGUCGCAGACGUGGCCUGGACUGCGAUUGAACGUUGUCAUCACCAUAAACCUAGCAACGAUGCCGCCGAGCGCAAUCUUACAGAGGAAGAACUGCUUGAGGCUCUGCGAUCGGAGAAUCGGAGAUUGAGGAAUUUGCUUGAGCAAAAUCUCGACCUCCUUCAGCAGCUAUCUGAAUCGCACUGCUUGUUGAAGGAUUGCCCCCCUGAUUUGUACGCUCGUCUCGUUGCGACAGUGGAUUCUGAAAAAUUCUUGAAUGAAAUUAAAUCCCUCAACGAAGCAUCAAAAGAUGGAAUUACCUAUGAGUUUCCUUUCAGGGAAACGACAGGAGCUGAUUCGCACACAGCUGAGAUUCUUGUGAAUGUUAGCCGCGAUGCACCCAGUUGGUGGAUAUGGGUUACUGAAGAUAUGGUUCCGAGUAAAGUUGAAGAAUGGAGUGGGAUUGAUGAUGAAAGCUAUGUGAUUGUAUCUGAAGAACAUGUGGUGGAUGCAGUUGCCCACUUCAUGGCUAGAUGUAUUAUGUCCAACCCGAAUACCCGGAACGUAUCACCUGAGGAGCUGCAGAAAACAAUAGCAAAAGCGCUGAAGGGUAUGGGCAGCAAAAUGGAAAAGAUGUUUGAAAUUUGGCAUGCUGGGCUGCUGUUUUAUUCCUUGGCCACUUGGGGACUUGCAUUGGCGGGCUUGUACCAGGGUCGUGCUAUAUUGAAACUGGCCGCCACUGGUGUUCACCAUACAAGCAAGGCGGUGAUGAAGGUGCUCUGAAGAAGCUAUGUCAACAAAUGUAAGAUAUUGUUUGGGGUUCAUUUUCCUGUUCAUUAUUCGUUCUAUCAAGUGAUGUAAAUAACUGUUAACAUUUCUUAUGGCAUUGUUUGUUUUUUCUUUUGAUUAUUCGUUCUUUUUAGUUGUGUUAAUUACGGUUAGAAUUGUAAAUCUUGUACAUAAACGUCAUUUCCAGUUC